GGGCAGCGAGCGCGCCGCCAACAUCCGCGCCGCGCGAGCGAGCGACAGUCAGUUCGGCGCCGACAGCCAUCACGCGCAGACGUUUUCUAUAAAAUAUGGCCGCCGCCCACACGCACUCGGCCCCCGCGCCCUCAGACCGUCGCUCAGAGGGCCGCGCUGGAUCUCGUCGCAUCUUCCCACCACAGUUUAAGUUACAAGUCCUCGAUGCAUAUAGACGGGAUACGCAAUGCCGCGGCAAUCAACGUGCUACUGCGAGAAAAUUUGGUAUCCACCGCCGUCAGAUACAAAAAUGGCUUCAGGCUGAACCAGCCCUUCGAGCAGCUCUUUUAAGACGAGCGCCGCAGCCGGCACCUUCACCACCACCAUACUCCGUUGGCUCUCCGGAAAGUGCGCGGUUGCCAUCGCCACCACCUGCACCGACAGCUUUACCGGCUUCAGUUCAAGUGCAUACACCGUUGGCGGUACCAGUACCAGUUAUACCGCCAUCGACAGAACCGAUAGACUUGUCGGUACGGCGUCUUUCACCAGCUGCGACACCGUUAUCGUCGUAUGCACCGCCCACCGUUCCGGAACAACCUCCACCGCGAAAACCUUUCAAGUUAUUCAGGCCUUACCUUUUAGAAGACGAGGAAGAAAAACGGCCGUCAUUGGCAUCAUUACCGGUGUCAAACGGGGUGCACGUGUCAGCGUUUAUGCCAGUGCAGAGCGCAGCGGGCUGCGCUUUUGCCGCUUGCACAGUGCCCCGCUGGUGUUCGCCUGCUCCCUCCUUUUCGGCUCCGCUUAGAUGAGAAGCAACCACUGGGGCCUUACCCCUAUCUUCCUGUGAUCUAGUCGCCGACGCCCGCCUGGCGCCGCCUGGGGCGUAGCCCUCCAUCACCGUGCCUUAACAUACACGUCGCCAUAGUGCAUUAUGCCGUCAUUACGAGAUGACUGUCUAUUUUUGUGUAUAAUAAUUAUAAGAAUAAGAAUGUAUUUUUUGAUGUGGGGUUUAUAAAGUAUACCUACAUUUACGCAGAUUAUAAUGAUAUAACAAUAUUACUAUUAUUAUUAUUAUAUUAAUAAAGAGAGUUGUUUACUAA